CCAUCCUAUAACCGCACCACACAUGGGGGAGACGCUCGAAUUGAUAUAGAAAACCCUAAACCCUAAUUCAGACACCCUAAACAUAGAAAACUACUGCAUGAAACACCACAUGACCCCUAAAAGGACUUUGCUGUCUGUCUAAUCUCUAAGAAUUGCCAUAUGCACAGAAAAACCCCCAAAAAAAAAAAAAAAAGGGGACCAAAUAUGGAACUGAAGAUUCAACGUUUCCAUGCGCCAAAAAAAAAAAAAACGAAACAAUGGUGGAUACCUCCUCCUGCGCUUUCGGUGUUUGCCAAUAGUCGUACCUCUCUCCCUUCAAUCUCCCCCUCGGUCUUUGCAUCGUCUCUCCUCCUCAGGGGGCGAUGAUCUGAUCGUUGAAUUCUUCUUUCAUCUUCUCAAAAAAGCCGAAAAAAAAAUUUGAAAUCAUCAAAUGUGAAUGAUCUCAGCCCUAGAAAAUGUCCAUGUUUCCGUCGUUUCAAUUGCUGGAGCUCAACAUUAUCUCCGCACAAGACUUGGCCCAUGUUUCACGUAAAAUGAAGACGUAUGCCAUCGCCUGGGUCCACUCAGAACGCAAACUCACCACCCGGGUCGAUUACUCCGGCGGAUCCAACCCCACCUGGAACGACAAAUUCGUCUUCCGGGUCAACGACGAGUUCCUCUACGCCGACACCUCCGCCGUCAUGAUCGAAAUCUACGCCCUGCAUUGGUUCCGUGACGUUCAUGUCGGAACGGUUCGUGUCCUGAUCAGUAACCUCAUCCCGCCCUCUCAUCGGCCUGGAUUCCGGACCGGUAACAACGAGUAUCGCCGCUCGACACUGCCUCCGGGGAUGAGAUUCGUGGCGCUUCAGGUCCGGCGAACUUCCGGCCGGCCUCAGGGGAUUCUGAACAUCGGAGUUGGGUUGCUCGACGGGUCGAUGAGAAGCAUGCCGCUUUACACGCACAUGGAUUCGUCGGCUGUGGGCUAUAGGGAUUUGCUCGGAGAAGAGGACCCCCAUUUGCAGCAUCUGAAUCUGAAUAGCAACAAAGGCAGUUCGAGGAAUCCGCAGUCGCCGGCGUCGAGACAAUACCAGUCGGUGGUUUCCAAGCCGGAGCUCCGGCGAACGAAGAGCGAUACGAGUUCCAUGGUCGUCUCGGAUCUCCUCAGCAGAGCGGAACGGAGCCGUGCGGCGAACAAGCAGCCGGCGAGUGUGUUGGCGAGCAGCGACUCAGGGACUAUACCCACGACGUCCGGACACGACACGACUUCCUCGUCGGAAUCCGAAGCCAUGAAAACGGUAGAGCAUCCGUCUUCGAGCAAAAAGCCCAAAAUAUCCAGGAAGAGAUACGAUUCGAUCGAGUCGGAUGUUAUCGAUCCACCGAUGAAGGAGAGCCCAUAUCUGCCGCCGCCGAUAAGGGACAAGCCCGACGUCCAGCCGUACGGAUUGUACAAUCCGACACGCAAAACGCCGAUGCGGGAGAACCAGAGACCGGUGAAGGAUUACGGACGCAGCGGCGCGUCGCCGUACUUGUCGAGGAACGGAACGCCGUUGAGAUCAAACAUCGUCGGAUCUACUCCGAUCAGAUCUAACAUGGUCGGAUCCACUCCAAUGCGAUCGAUCGGCGUUGGAUCGACCCCGAUGCGGUCUAAUAUCAUCGCAUCGACACCGAUGCGGUCCAACAUCAUCGGAUCUACGCCGUUGCGAUCCACCUACAUGGCUACACCGAUGAGAUCCAACUUCGGCACUCCGAUGAGAUCCAACUUGGCCGGACGGCCGAUCUUAACCGAAUCAGAGCUAGGUCCAUCGCCGUCGGAGGUGGCGGAGAAGAUGGCGAAGGAGAGAUCGAGCCCAAACGACACCGAGAGCUCGAUCCUCAGCGAAUGGAGCAUCGAAGACAAUAGCAUCGAAGGACUGCGGUCGAAGCUCGAGCGAUGGCGAACGGAGUUGCCGCCAUUGUACGACCUCGGGUCAAGCCACUUAAGCAGCGAAAUGGACGAAGACGCCGCCGCCGGGGGGAAAAGUUCCAGGACGAGAAAGACUCCGGCGACGAAGACGCAUAGUCGCCGUCACACCGACGGAGGAAACGGUCUGUUUUCGUGCUUCAGCAACAUCUGCGGCGUCGAGUGUACCUUCGUCUGCGGCGGGUCGGAUCCUGACGGGUCGAAGAAGACGAAGGAGAAGGGCGGGAGUGGGCGCGCUGAAAAUUUGAGCUAUAUGUGAUUUUACAUUUUAUAUUUUUUUUGGACCGACAAUAUUCUCUUUUCUUAUCUUUAUACCGAAGAUGACGCAAUUGUGGAUACUGUAUUUUUCUAUAAAUAUACAUGAUUAAUUGUACUUAAUUACCAAUCCUAUAUUAUUUUCCUCGGAUU